AUGGAAUCUUUGAAAGUUAGUUUCGAAAGAGAGCUGAAGAACAAGUUAGCUCAAAAGUCAAGUGGAUCUCAAAGUGAGGAGACAGUCCUUCUGAAAUCAUUCAAGUAUUUCGAUCUCAACGGAAACGGCACAGUCGAGCCUGAGGAGUUCGCCAAAGCAAUUGAAAAGAUUGGUAUUAUGAUUCCCACCAAAUAGGAUUUAGACGCACUAUUCGGUCUUUAUGACACUGAUAGAAGCGGAGCCCUUGAUUACAAAGAAUUCUCAAUGGCCCUAUUCGGCAAAGAUCACAGUGGUGGAAGCCCAGCUAAGGGUGGUGCUGGUGGUAGCGACCCAGAUGCCCUCGUCGAAAGACUCAGAACCAAGCUUGCAUCAAGAGGAGCUAGAGGUAUCAUUGGUCUUGGAAAGCAAUUCAGAAUUAUGGACGAUAACAACAGCAGAUCACUCGAUCUUUACGAAUUCACCAAGGCUGUGAAGGAUUACAUGCUCGGCUUUGCAGAUGCUGAGAUUAAAGUCCUCUACGGUUACUUCGACUCAGAUAGAAGUGGUUCAGUUGACUACGACGAGUUCUUAAGAGCACUCAGAGGACCAAUGAACCCAUCCAGAAAGAAGCUAGUCGCUCAAGCUUAUAACAAACUUGAUAAGGAUAGAAGUGGUUACAUUGAUAUUAACGAUAUCAAGGGUGUCUAUAGUGCCAAGACUCAUCCAGAUGUCCUCAGUGGCAAGAAGACUGAAGAAUAAAUUCUCCUAGAGUUCUUAGAGACUUUUGAAACUCACCACUCAAUCAGAAACAACAAUGCACCAGAUCACAUUGUUACCAAAGAAGAAUUCGAAGAGUAUUACAACAACAUCUCAGCCUCUAUUGAUAACGAUCAAUAUUUCGAGCUUAUGAUGAACAAUGCUUGGAAAAUCAAUGAUGGUGAUAGAAACUACGGAAAGGGAUGGACAAACAAGGAGGAAACCGGCCCAGCUCAAAAACAAAACUAAAACAUGUCUGCAGCUGGUGGAAGACCAGGUACUGCCUCUCAACAAACCUACUCAAGACCCCAAACUGGCAGCAGAGGUCAAGCUGUUAGCUCUGGAUAUCAAGGUGGUAACAACAUCUUCGGCACUCAAGCUCAAACUCAAGCCAAGCCACAACAACAACAGCAAUAGCAAAAUUAAGACUCAAACACUCCACCUAUGAGCUACUCAGAGCAACAACUCCUUGAGCUCUUCAGAUCUAAGCUCGCUGCCAGAGGUGCUAGAGGACUUAUUGGUCUUGCCAAGCAAUUCAAGAUUGCUGAUGACGAUAACUCUAAGGAUCUUGAUACCUACGAAUUCAAGAAAGCCGUUAGAGACUUCAGAGUAGGUCUUGAAGAUAAAGACUCUGAGAGACUAUUCAGAGUCUUCGAUAGAGACAGAAGUGGAAAGAUUGACUAUGAAGAAUUCCUAAGAGGUGUUAGAGGUGAAAUGAACCAAUUCAGAGUUAACCUUUGCAAGAAGGCAUUCACUAUCAUGGACAAAGAUAAGAGUGGAAUUCUCGAUCUUGAUGAUAUUAAGCAAGCUUACAAUGCCAAGCAACACCCAGAUGUUAAAUCUGGAAAGAAGAAGGAAGACGAUGUUCUCCUCGAAUUCUUGGACACCUUUGAACAACACUACGGUCUUAGUCACGAGAACUCAAGAGACGGAAGAGUCGACAUGGGCGAAUGGAUUGAGUACUAUAACAACGUUUCAAUGAGUAUUGAUGACGACAAGUACUUCGAGCUCAUGAUGAACUCUGCCUGGAACCUCGAUAACUCCAGAGUUACCAAGAAAGGAUGGGGAGGUGAAUUCUGA